CGGGCUGGGGCGGAGCGCCGGGUGCCCGUGGCUCGGGCUCCGGCUGGGGCUCCGGACCCUGCACCUGUGACUCGGCCACGUUCGCGCUCGGUCCUCCUGGCGCCGCAGCCCCAUGGCCCCGUCCCGGCUGCAGCUUGGCCUCCGUGCCGCCUACUCGGGCAUCAGCUCGGUGGCCGGCUUCUCCAUCUUCCUGGUCUGGACGGUGGUCUACAGAGAGCCAGGAACUGCGGCGAUGGGGGGUCUCGCAGGUGUGCUGGCGCUAUGGGUCCUGGUGACGCAUGUGAUGUACAUGCAGGAUUACUGGAGGACCUGGCUUAAGGGACUACGUGGCUUCUUCCUUGUGGGCAUUCUCUUCUCGGCCGUCUCCAUUGCUGCCUUCUGCACCUUCCUCACGUUGGCCAUUACCCGGCACCAGAGCCCCACAGACCCAACCAGCUACUACCUCUCCUGCGUCUGGAGCUUCAUUUCCUUCAAGUGGGCCUUCUUGCUCAGCCUCUACGCCCACCGAUACAGGGCCGACUUUGCCGACAUCAGCAUCCUCAGUGAUUUCUGACCCAGGGAGUGAGGUCACUGUGGUCCGGGGGGGGGGGGGCCCUCAGGACCUGGACUUGGCCUUUGAGGCAUCAGGAGGCCCUGCCCCCACCCUCUGGGGACCCAGAACUGUGUCAAAAGGAACAUAGCAGUUUGAGUGCAGUUUCCCGGGAAACUGCCUGGUCCCUUUGGGGGGAGACCUGGGUGCAGUGGAAAGGAGGUCCAGCCAGGUAGCUCAUCGGCCUGGCUGGAGGGCAGCUUUAGACCUUUUCAAAUGGAUCUAUUUUCUUAGCACUUGGUGAGCAAUCUUUGUAAGUAGGACCAGGGCAACAAAGUCAAAGGGUCAAGGGUAGGACCGUGAGGCCUUGACCUAUGCCUGGUGCCAGGGGCUAGGGGCAGGUGGUUUGGUCCCUGCCACUCCAGGCCCUCUCCCUGAGGCUGGGGUGGGAACCUGGUGAGGUCACAUCAAGGGAGAAAUCGCUAAUGGAGACCUCUCACUUCCCACCUCAGCACCCUAACCUGUUAUUCAUCAAGGGUCAGGUAGCUGAAGUCAUCAGUCAUAGGCAACUUUUGGCUCUUUCCCCAAAGCCUGGGGAGUUGAGUGGAGAGUUCUGUGACCUUCUUCCCACCCUUUCUCCCAGAGCUGGACUUCUGAAAGUACACUAUGGCCAGACAGCCAUUCUCCCCUCCACCCCCUGUCACAUGCACACAUCUACACACCCCAGAGCAGGCCUGUUUAAAUUAAGGGCCACGGGGAUCACACUCCUACCCCCAGAAGGGUAUUGGGAAGUGGGUAACACAGUGCAGGCUGAAAAGGAGCCCUAGGCCUUGUGAUUCCACCUGUUCCUCAUUGCACCAGACCAGCCCCAGCCAUGAGAACUUCUCCCCCAACUCCAGCCCCUGCUCACUGCCCUUCAACUAGAGCUUUUAUCUUUCUAAAUCUCCCUCCUGAAUCUCCCUACACUGGCCCAAGGGCUCACCUAACUUGGGAGGGAAGGGGCUGUUACAUGUAUCUUUUUUAUAUUAGGUUGCCAUUUUGCACGUCUCCUCCUUCUCCACUGCCCCCAGCUCUUUGCCUUAUCUGUGUCACUGUCACUUUAGCGGAAAUACAGCGGCCAUUUAUAUCAAA